AUGUCUCUAGACGACCCGCGUGUGGAAUGGAUUCGGGACCGGGUGUACAGCGCAUUUGGGCUAACGGACCUAUCCUAUUUUGAGGACCUGCUGAAUCGCAACAACGGGGAGCACGAGGAAAAGCUCCUGAGGUUUCUGAAUGACAUCUCUCCCGAGGAGGGGGCCUCAACUUUACUGGUAUUCAAGAGAACGGUAGAGGAGGAGGUAGAGGUAGAAGUUGCACCAGCUGGUCUAUUACAUCUCUCAGACGAUGCACAAGAAGAGGAUGGUAAGAACCAGGCAAGUCAGGAGACAGAGGGACUGAACAGUGAAUCAAUAGAUGUCAUUUCAGUUACUUCCUCAGAUAGCAAAAAGGAACAAACUUCUUCUGGAGAGUUAACAAUAGUGAAUGAGACAGAAGAAAAAGCUAUUGACAAGGAAGAUACAACUUUAAUUGUAGAUGUGGAAAAUGAAGAUGGAAUUCCUGAAGAGCAUAUUGCUCCCAUUUCUAAAAUUAUCAAACAGAAGGUUCAUCGCACAAUCCUGUAUGUCUCUUUUAACUGUAUCCCUGAAGAGUUUUCAGAUGACAAUGUGUUGCUUUUUCUACGAAAUACCCAAGAAACAAUUCCAGAGCCUAAUGAUGUUCAGGAAGCUAAUGAUAUCAUGCCAAUGUUGUUGGAGUAUGGAAUUCUGAAUGGAAAUACUUUACUGAUGCUCAAACAGGUCUUCUCACAGGUUUUCAUGCCCAUUCUAUCUUACAAUCAACAUAAAAAUGGAUACAGCAAUAUUCAGGUGGAAGAAGUAUCUGAGAUGGAGCCUGGUGAAGAACAUAAAGACAAAGCAUCUACCAAACAAACAAAGCCGGAGCAAGAAUUACGAAACAUUCAGAUUCUUAGAGAUGAGUUCCUAAUGAACAUGCAAAAAUUCCUGAACCACAUACAACAAACAAUACAUCAACUUGAGGGAGAAAUAAAAUUAGAAAUCCCAACAAUAAAUCUUGAUAUUGAUCCAAAGAAAUUGGCUGCAGAUCCAGUGACUGUAGAAAAACUUGAGCUGUGUGUAAUGAACUGGCAAACACAAAUGUCUGAAGCUAUUGAGGAACAGCUGAAAAAGAAACCUCAGGGUAAUGGUCCUCUAGCAGAAAUAGAUUUCUGGCGGGAACGAAACUCCACUCUGAGUGCGCUCAAUGAACAGCUGAAACUACCUACAGUAAAGAAAGUCUUGAGUGUGCUGUCAAUUGUAGAGUCUGCAGUUGUCCAGAACCUUGAUCUAACAGUCACUGAACUAUCCAAGUACCAUGUGGAAGCAGCAGAAAAUGUCAGAUUUCUGUCCACUCUAGAGCGUCAUUUAAAGAAUUUAACACAUGGCGUUGGAUUUAAUGUUGUUCUUGAUACAAUUCCACCUUUGAUGAACGCAUUAAGAAUGGUAUGGAUUAUCUCCAGACAUUAUAAUAAGGAUGAAAGAAUGGUGCCAUUAAUGGAGAGGAUUGCAUGGGAAAUAUCAGAAAGAGUUUGCAGAGUUCUUGAUAUACAUUCUUUGUUUAAAGAAAACAGAGAAAUUGCCAAAAAGAAGUCUUUAGAAGCCAAACGCUGCCUUGAGUUAUGGAAAUCAACAUAUUUUGAAGUACGUGCCAAGAUCGAGGCAUCAGGGAGAGACCAGCGAUGGGAGUUUGACAGGAAACGCUUGUUUGAAAAAACAGACUAUUUGGCUGGUAUCUGCCAGGAUCUGUUUGAUAUUCUUCAGGUUUUGGAAGAGUUUUACAACAUUUUUGGUUCUGAGCUGAAAGCAGUUACAGGAGAUCCCAAGAGAAUUGAUGAUGUUGUGAGGAGAGUUGAUGGUUUGGUGAAGCCAAUGGAAUCAUUGAACUUCAAUCCCUUUGACAUAAAAUGCUCCCAGCAAUGGAGGAUUAUCAUAGAAGACUUUAAAAAUGAAGUCCAGGCUAUUGAAGGAGAAGCUAUUAACUUCAUAGAUGAAUCAUUUAAAGCUCUUCGAUCGGCUGAAGCUGCAUUUGACAUGUUGUUGAAAUUCCAACACAUACGUUCCCGAGAUGCCAUCAACAAACAGUUGAUGAUGAAGUUUAAUGAUAUUCUUGAGCAGUAUUGUAAAGAGAUUGAUAUAGUGAACAAACUUUUUUUGGAAAAUAUUUCUAACCCUCCUCUUUACAAGAACCACCCUCCAGUAGCUGGAUCCAUUUAUUGGGAGAGGUCUCUUUUUCACCGUAUCAAGUGCACAAUAGUACGAUUUUUGGAAAUGGAGGAGAUGCUAUCUUGUGAACAAGGGAAAGCAGCAAGAGCUAAAUAUUUGGAAGUAGCCAGAAAAAUGAAGGAAUAUGAAGAUAAAAAAUAUGAAGCCUGGAAAGAAAACACAGAGCAGAUACUUCCCUCACUGUUGAAAAGAAGUUUGCUUCUUAAAGUUUAUUCAUCUGAGGGUGAUGUUGAUGAGAGAAGUUUCCAUUAUGUUGUAAACUUUGCUCCUGAACUGCAAGAAAUUAUUACAGAAACAAAACUCAUGGAACAACUGGGAUUUACUAUUGGAGAAUUACCCAGAAAUGUUGCACUACAGGAAGACAAGUUCUUAAGGUACACAGAUGGUAUACGACAAACUGUAAAUGCUUAUGAGAAACUUAUGGAGUCACUAAAUGAGGCUGAAGCCCAGCUCCUUGAUGACCAUAUCCGAGAACUUUGGAAAGUGUUUCGCUCGGGAUAUAGAAGACUAAACUGGAACUCCUUAGGCAUAGGAGAUUACAUUGUUCGCUGCAGCCAAGCAGUUUCAAAGUUUGAGUCGUUGGUCAACCAAAUCCAUAAGAAUGCAAAUGACAUUGAAUCUAAGCUGGAUGCUAUUGAGUCUGCAAACUUGUUUAAACUGAUGCCCAAGAAGCAGGGUUCAGAGCUUCCAGGAGUGAAGGAAUUUUUUGAGUACAUUGAAAAAGAACGAACUAAGGACGUUGAGAUUAUGGUUAGGAAAUAUUCUGCCAUUGGACCAUUGCUAACCAAAAUGGAAGGCCUGGUUGUACAUACAAACACUGGAAAAGAUCCCAAAAUGUCUCAAUAUUACUCAUACUGGGAGCGCAGAAUUUAUAACUCCUUGACAAAAAUGAUUAUAAAAAAUUUCCAGAAUUUCAACAGUGCUAUUGUCAGUAACACUCCUAUCUUUCAAACUGAGGCAAUUCUGACUGCUCCCGAUGUAGUACUUCAUCCUAGUGCAAAUGAAAUCUACAAACUGAACAUACAGUGCGUACGUGGAUGUGUGGAAAUUACCAAGAGCUUUGUUCGUUGGAUGCAUGGAACCUGUCUUGAUUGUCUACCUCAGAGGACAGAAGACGAUGAGUUUGUUACCUUUACUUUCUUCAGUGACAUUUCUCAGAACCCUCAGAUAAUAGAACAAGCCAUAAUCAUGUCCCAGAAUAUGCAUCGGCUUCUCAGUUCCCUGAUGAAGUAUCUGGAGCAGUGGAAGAAGUACCGUUUUCUGUGGAAGAUGGAUAAAGCUAUUGCAAUGGAGAAGUUUGCUAUAAAGAAACCAUCUUGUGUAUUUUAUGAUGAAAAAUUGCAAUUCUAUACCAAGUUAGCUCAGGAAGUAAUUCGUCUUCCACCAAUUAAGGAUGAACAAUGCAUCAGACUAUAUUUGGGGCCUUUGGUCUAUACUGUCCAAGAAAACGCAAGAUCUUGGGUUAUAUCUCUUGGAAGUCUCUUGAAUGAAUCCGCACAGGUGGAACUGUACAACCUCAGGGACGAGUUGGAAAGUUUAUCUGUAAAUUUAAAGCAAGCUCCAAAUACCUUGGAUGAUCUUAAGUUUGUGCUUGCCACCAUCGCAAAUAUAAGAGAUAUGUCUAUGAUGGUUGAAAUUAGAAUCCGAGACAUACUGGAGAGAUACCGAACGCUGACAAUGUAUAAUAUUGAGUUUGAUGAAGAGGAGAAAGUAUUGGCAGAUAAGAUUACAGUGAUUUGGGAGGAACUGUUUCAAGAAUCAAAGCUUGUAGACCAAAGCCUCGGAAAAGUGAAAAAAACAUUUACACAGAUAACAAAAGAUCAGAUUGAAGAAUACAAGAAGGAGUUGGCGGAAUUUGCAGAGCGUUUUCGUUUAGAAGGUCCUGGCUCUGUUGGAGAGGAUCUUGAUAAAGGGUUGCAGAUUCUCACUGUGUAUGAAAAGGAGCUUUUAAAUUAUGAAAAGGAGCGGCAGAAAUUAGCAAAUGCUGAGAAACUAUUUGACCUACCUAUCACAAUGUAUCCUGACCUCAUACAAGUACAAAAGGAAAUCACCGGUUUACGGCAGAUAUAUGACCUGUAUAAUGCCCAAAAGCUUGCCAAGGAGGAAUGGUCACAGACACUGUGGGCAAAUUUAAACGUUCAGGUUUUACAAGAUGGGAUUGAAAGCUUUUUGAAGGGUUUCAGGAAGCUAUCAAAAGAAAUCCGCACUCUACCAGUGGCAUUUUAUCUUGAGUCAAAAAUGAAGGAGUUCAAAGAUUCAAUCCCGUUACUUCUUGAUCUCAAGAAUGAAUCCAUGAGAGACAGGCACUGGAAAGACCUCAUGACCAGAACAAGUACAAGUUUUGAGAUGAACCCUGAUACUUUCACUCUUGAGAAUAUGUUUGCUAUGGAGCUUCACAAGUAUGUGGACGUCAUCAGUGAUAUUGUAGCAUCAGCUGUAAAGGAGCUGAGUAUUGAAAAGGGUGUUAAAGACAUUGUAGACACAUGGGAAAAUAUGAAAUUUACUGUACAGAGAUAUGUUAAAGGUACUCAAGAACGUGGCACUAUAUUGGGAUCUGUCGAUGAUAUCCUUCAAAUUCUUGAUGAUAAUGCAAUGAAUCUGCAGAGUAUCUCUGGAAGUCGGUUUGUAGGUCCUUUCUUAAACACUGUUCAGCUAUGGGAAAAAACACUGUCUUUAGUUGGAGAAAUUAUUGAGGUGUGGAUGGUAGUACAGCGGAAGUGGAUGUAUUUGGAAAGCAUCUUUAUUGGAGGAGAUAUUCGAUCACAGUUGCCAGAGGAAGCCAAAAAAUUUGACAACAUUGACAAAAUAUUUAAAAGGAUAAUGUCAGAAACUGCAAAAGAUCCCGUGAUAAAGAGAUGCUGUCAAGCUGCUAACCGCCUCUCUGAAUUACAAAAUCUAAGCGAAGGACUUGAGAAAUGCCAGAAAAGCUUAAACGAUUAUCUAGACUCUAAAAGAAAUGCUUUCCCAAGAUUUUUCUUCAUUUCAGAUGAUGAGUUGCUCAGUAUUUUGGGUAGCAGUGAUCCAACGUGUGUCCAGGAACACAUCAUCAAGAUGUAUGAUAACAUUGCUUCCCUAAAAUUUCAAGUGGGCGAUAAUGGUGAAACUGUGGCAACAGGCAUGAUUUCAGCUGAAGGAGAGGAGAUGGCUUUUCGCCAGGCUAUAGCUGCUGAAGGACGUGUUGAAGAUUGGAUGACUGCUGUGUUGCACGAAAUGAGGAGGACAAACAGGCUUAUUACAAAGGAAGCUAUAUUUAAAUACUGUGAGGACAAAAACAGGAUUGACUGGAUGCUUUUGUACCAGGGGAUGGUUGUCUUGGCCGGUAACCAGAUCUGGUGGACAUGGGAAGUUGAGGAUGUUUUCCGUAAAGUGAAGAAAGGAGAGAAACAAGCAUUAAAAAAUUAUGCAAAGAAAAUGCACCAACAGAUUGAUGAACUGGUUACUCGAAUCACACAACCUUUACGUAAAAAUGAUAGGAAAAAGUAUAACUCUGUUCUCAUUAUCGACGUGCAUGCUAGAGAUAUUGUGGACAUAUUUGUAAGAGACAGUAUAAUGGAUGCCAGAGAAUUUGAAUGGGAAAGCCAGCUGCGUUUUUAUUGGGACAGAGAACCUGAUGAGCUGAAUGUCCGCCAGUGCACUGGAACAUUUGGAUAUGGCUAUGAAUAUAUGGGGCUAAAUGGGAGACUGGUUAUCACGCCUCUGACUGAUCGGAUAUACCUAACACUGACUCAGGCAUUGUCCAUGUAUUUAGGGGGGGCACCUGCAGGUCCAGCAGGGACGGGUAAAACAGAGACAACAAAAGAUCUGGCUAAAGCUCUAGGACUGUUGUGUGUGGUAACAAACUGUGGAGAAGGGAUGGAUUAUAAAGCUGUGGGUAAAAUCUUUUCUGGCUUGGCCCAGUGUGGUGCAUGGGGCUGUUUUGAUGAAUUUAAUCGGAUUGAUGCGUCAGUACUUUCAGUGAUCUCAUCUCAGAUACAAACAAUCCGUAAUGCCUUAAUGCAUCAGCUGAAGAGGUUUCAGUUUGAAGGGCAGGAAAUAGCUUUGGACGCUCGUAUGGGAAUCUUCAUAACAAUGAAUCCUGGCUAUGCCGGCCGCACAGAGUUGCCAGAAUCAGUAAAAGCUUUAUUUAGGCCAGUGGUUGUGAUAGUGCCAGAUCUCCAACAAAUCUGUGAAAUUAUGCUAUUUUCAGAAGGAUUUCUUCAGGCCAAGAAUUUAGCUAAAAAGAUGACAGUGCUAUACAAGCUUGCACGGGAGCAACUGUCCAAACAGCAUCAUUAUGACUUUGGCCUGCGUGCUCUGAAAUCUGUGUUGGUAAUGGCUGGAGAGCUGAAAAGGGGUUCACCUGAUUUAAGUGAGGAUGUUGUUUUGAUGAGGGCUCUAAGAGACAUGAAUCUACCUAAGUUUGUAUUUGAAGAUGUCCCUCUAUUCCUUGGCCUAAUUUCGGAUUUGUUUCCGGGGUUAGACUGCCCCCGUGUUCGAUACCCUAAAUUUAAUGAUGCUGUUGAAGAAGCACUAAAGGAAAAUGACUACAUCUUACUGCCUGUGCAGGUGGAUAAAGUAAUUCAGAUGUAUGAAACAAUGCUUACACGUCAUACGACAAUGGUGGUUGGACCCACAGGAGGAGGGAAAUCAGUUGUUAUUAACACUUUAUGUUUAUCACAGACCAAGCUCGGGCUUGUUACCAAGUUAUAUACUCUGAAUCCUAAAGCCAUGAGUGUGAUUGAAUUGUAUGGUAUUCUUGAUCCUACAACCAGAGACUGGACAGAUGGAGUUCUCUCAAACAUCUUCAGGGAAAUAAACAGGCCUACUGAUAAAAAAGAGAGAAGAUACAUUUUGUUUGAUGGGGACGUGGAUGCCUUGUGGGUGGAAAAUAUGAAUUCAGUGAUGGAUGACAACAAAUUGUUGACUUUGGCAAAUGGAGAGCGCAUUAGACUGCAACCACAUUGUGCAUUAUUAUUUGAGGUUGGUGAUUUACAGUAUGCGUCACCUGCCACUGUUUCCCGCUGUGGUAUGGUCUUUGUAGACCCUAAAAACCUGAGAUAUGAUCCGUAUUGGCAGAAAUGGGUCAACAAUAGACAGAACAAGCAAGAGCAAGCUGAAUUAAACCGUUUAUUUGAUAAAUAUGUCCCUCAAUGUAUUGAAAUGAUCGUAGAAGGAAUCACGGAUGGAAAACAAGGCGAGAAAUUAAAAACGAUUGUUCCUCAAACAGAUCUAAACAUGGUGACACAGUUGUCCAUGAUGUUGGAUGCCUUAUUAGAGAAAGAAAUUGAUGAACCUGACAUUUUGGAGUGCUACUUUAUAGAAGCGUUAUACUGUUCCCUUGGUUCUACAUUGCUGGAAGCAGGAAGGGUCAAGUUUGAUGAGUACAUUAAACGCUUAGCAUCAAUGACAACCGUCUGUGAUGAGCAGGUCUUAGCUGGACCUAGAGAGCUUCCAGGUCAAUUGCCCACCAUUUAUGACUUUCAUUUUGAUGGAGAAAGGAAAAAGUGGGUACCCUGGAGCAAACUGGUUCCAAAAUACAUCCAUAAACCUGAAGAAAAAUUUGUUGACAUACUUGUUCCUACUGUGGACACCACACGUACUACUUGGCUCUUGGAGAAGAUGGUGAAAAUUAAACGACCAGUUGUCCUGGUUGGAGAAUCUGGCACAUCAAAAACUGCAACUACACUGAACUUCAUUAGAAACCUCAAUAGUGACAGCACAAUGCUGCUGACCAUAAACUUCUCCUCUCGAACUACAUCUAUGGACAUCCAAAGAAAUCUGGAAGCCAAUGUAGAGAAACGGACCAAGGAUACAUAUGGACCACCUAUGGGAAAACGGCUACUAGUGUUUAUGGAUGAUAUGAACAUGCCAAAGGUGGAUGAAUAUGGCACACAACAGCCUAUCGCCCUGUUGAAGCUGUUACUUGAGAAAGGCGGCAUGUAUGAUCGUGGAAAGGAGCUAAAUUGCAAGUUCCUCCGUGACCUUGGUUUCAUCGCUGCAAUGGGCAAAGCUGGCGGUGGUCGCAAUGAAGUUGACACACGCUUUAUAUCACUGUUCAGUGUAUUUAAUGUGCUUUUCCCUUCAAAUGAAUCGUUGCAUCUAAUUUAUUCUUCUGUCUUGCAAGGACACACUGUGCUCUUUCAUGAGGAUAUACAGACCAUCUGUAACAAGCUGACAUUCUGUACCUUGGAACUUUACAAACGAAUUGUCCAGGAUUUGCCUCCUACACCUUCAAAGUUCCAUUAUAUAUUUAACCUCCGGGAUCUUUCUAGGGUUUAUAAUGGGUUGGUUCUUACAACUCCAGAAAGAUUCCAAACUGUUCCUCAGAUGGUUAGAGUAUGGAGGAAUGAGGCUCUGCAUGUUUUUCAUGACAGACUUAUCAAUGAAGCUGAUAAGAAAGUGGUACAAGACCACAUACAGCAUUUGAUAGAGGAACAUUUUCCAUCUAGUCUGGAACAUGCCAUGAGAGAUCCAAUUCUUUUCGGUGACUACAGAACUGCAUUGAAUGAAGGAGAACCACGAGUGUAUGAAGACAUUCAGGACUAUGAUGCCGCUAAAGCUCUCUUUCAGGAAAUCCUUGAGGAAUACAAUGAAAUGAAGACUAAAAUGAAUCUGGUUCUAUUUGAUGAUGCACUAGAGCACCUCACCCGUAUACAUCGUAUUAUAAGAAUGGACCAAGGUCACGCACUGCUGGUUGGAGUAGGAGGGUCAGGAAAACAAUCUUUAGCUCGAUUGGCUGCUUUUGCUGCAGGAUAUGAGGUUUUUGAAAUAGUUCUCAGCCGAGGCUACGGAGAGAACAGUUUCCGUGAAGACCUGAAGACUCUUUACAUAAAACUUGGCUUAGAAAACAAAAAGAUGAUAUUUCUGUUUACAGAUGCUCACGUGGCUGAAGAGGGAUUCUUAGAACUUAUCAACAACAUGCUAACCUCAGGCAUGGUUCCUGCACUUUUCCCAGAUGACGAGAAGGAGUCAAUUUUAGGUCAGGUCAGGGAUGAAGCUACUAAACAUGGAGUGGGUCCUGCCAAAGAGAGCAUCUGGCAAUUCUUUGUAAACAAGAGUGCCAACAACCUUCAUAUUGUUCUUGGCAUGUCCCCAGUUGGUGAUACUCUAAGGACAAGAUGCAGAAAUUUUCCAGGUAUGGUAAAUAAUACUGGAAUAGACUGGUUCCUGCCUUGGCCACCCCAAGCACUGUAUGCGGUUGCCAAGUCAUUUCUAGGAGAGAAUCCUAUGAUCCCAUCUCAGCAUGGCGAACCAGUCAUUGGGCACGUUGUUAUGGUACAUGAUUCUGUUGGCAAAUUUAGCAGGAAGUUUCAACAGAAACUAAGACGAAGCAAUUAUGUCACUCCAAAGAACUAUCUUGACUUCAUCAACACAUAUUCAAAACUUCUGGAAGAAAGGAACCAGUUUAAUCUGGCACAAUGCAAACGUCUGGAAGGUGGUCUGGACAAACUGAAAGAAGCCACUGUGCAGUUGGCUGAACUUAAUUUGAAACUGGCGGAGCAGAAGGUUGUUUUAGCUGAGAAGUCUUCUGCUUGUGAAGCAUUGUUGGAUGAGAUAUCAGUCAACACUGCAGCAGCGGAGGUAAAAAGAAAGCUUGCUGAAGAAAAAGCUGCAGAGAUUGAGGAACAAAAUAAAGUUAUUGCAGUGGAAAAGAAAGAGGCAGAAAGUGCCCUGGCUGAAGCUUUGCCAAUACUGGAGGCAGCCAAACUAGAACUGCAGAAGCUGGACAGGUCUGAUGUCACAGAAAUAAGGUCCUUUGCCAAGCCACCAAGGGCAGUGCAAGUUGUUUGCGAGUGUGUCUUAGUAAUGAGAGGAUACAGGGAGAUAAGCUGGAAGAGUGCAAAGGGAAUGAUGUCUGAUCCAAGCUUUUUGAAAUCUCUUAUGGAGAUGGAUUUUGAUGCCGUAACCCAGGGUCAAGUUAAAAGUGUCAGAGGUUUUUUGAAAACACUGAACACAACAUUUGAAGAGAUGGAAGCCAUCAGUAAAGCAGGCUUGGGGAUGCUGAAAUUUGUUGAAGCUGUGAUGGGAUAUUGUGAUGUUGCCAAGGAGAUUAAACCAAAAAGAGAAAAGGUGGCAAAACUGGAACGUAACUACCAUAUGAGUAAGAGAGACCUAGAGAAGAUACAAGCUGAACUGGCUACUAUUCAGGGUGAGCUGAAAGCACUGGGAGAAAAAUACGAAGAGGCGAUAACAGAGAAGCAAAAACUGCAGGAAGAAGCAGAAAUCAUGGAGCGCAGGCUGAUCGCAGCGGACAAGCUCAUCUCUGGUUUGGGAUCUGAGAACAAAAGGUGGACAAAUGAUCUAGAGGAAUUGAAGGUACGGAGAGUGAAGUUACUUGGCGACUGUUUGCUCUGCGCUGCUUUCCUAAGUUAUGAAGGUGCCUUUAACUGGGAUUUUCGUAAAGAGAUGGUAUAUACAGAAUGGCAGCAGGAUAUUUUAGAGCGGGAAAUUCCUCUGAGCCAACCCUUUAGGUUGGAGACUCUCCUUACUGAUGAUGUUGAAAUAAGCAGGUGGGGAUCAGAAGGUUUGCCCCCUGAUGAACUAUCAAUACAGAAUGGUAUAUUAACCACUAGAGCCAGCCGCUUUCCACUGUGCAUUGACCCUCAGCAACAAGCAUUAAACUGGAUCAAGAGGAAGGAAGAAAAGAACAAUCUUAAGAUCUCUUCUUUUAACGAUCCAGAUUUCUUGAAGCAGCUAGAAAUGGCCAUUAAGUAUGGAUUCCCAUUCUUAUUUCAAGAUGUUGAUGAAUACAUUGACCCUGUUAUAGACAACGUUUUGGAGAAGAAUAUCAAGGGAUCUCAAGGCAGACAGUUCAUUAUCUUGGGAGACAAGGAAGUCGAUUAUGACCCAAACUUUAAAUUGUAUCUAAAUACCAAACUGGCAAACCCUAAGUUAUCACCAUCUGUGUUUGGUAAAGCCAUGGUCAUUAAUUAUACAGUUACUCUGAAAGGUCUGGAAGAUCAGUUACUCAGCGUAAUUGUUGGCUUUGAACGAAGGGAGUUGGAAGAGCAAAGAGAAAAUCUUAUUCAAGAAACCAGUGAAAACAAAAAACUGUUGAAGGACCUUGAAGAUUCUCUGCUGCGAGAGCUUGCGACCUCUAGUGGCAACAUGCUAGAUAACGUAGAGCUGGUUCAAACUCUGGACGAAACAAAAUCCAAAGCUACCGAGGUGACUGAAAAACUGAAGCUCGCGGAGAAGACUGCAGUUGACAUUGACAGGUUGCGGGACGGUUAUAGACUGGCUGCCAAGCGUGGGGCAAUUCUCUUUUUCGUCUUGUCUGAGAUGGCGCUUGUGAACACCAUGUAUCAGUAUUCAUUGUCUUCUUUCUUAUCCGUGUUUGACUUCUCAUUGAGGAAAUCUAUGCCUGACGGCAUUUUGGCUAAAAGGCUGAGGAAUAUCAUGGAUACACUGACAUUCAAUGUUUACAACUAUGGAUGUACAGGUUUGUUUGAGAAACAUAAAUUGCUGUUUUCCUUCAAUAUGACCAUCAAGAUAGAACAAGCAGACGGCCGGGUGCCACAAGAUGAACUUGACUUUUUCUUAAAAGGAAAUAUCUCCCUGGAAAAAAGCCGGAGAAAAAAGCCGUGCUCAUGGCUGUCGGACCAGGGGUGGGAAGAUAUUAUGCGUUUGUCUGAGCUGUUCCCUGCAUUGUUUGGCACUCUUCCUGAUGAUGUGGAGAGGCACGAGGCAGAGUGGAAAGCUUGGUAUGAUCUGGACACACCAGAACAAUUCCCCUUCCCUAUGAGCUACAAAGACAAACUUACCAACUUUCAGAAUCUUCUCCUCCUGCGAUGUUUCCGAGUAGAUCGUGUGUACAGAGCUGUGACAGACUAUGUUACCAUUAUCAUGGGAGAAAAGUAUGUGCAGCCCCCAGUCAUCAGCUUUGAAGCUAUAUUUGAGCAGAGUGUUCCAACAUCACCCAUAGUGUUUAUUCUGAGCCCAGGCUCUGACCCAGCUAGUGACCUCAUGAAACUGGCAGAAAGGUCAGGAUUUGGGGGAAACCGGCUGAAGUUUCUUGCCAUGGGGCAAGGUCAGGAAAAGGUGGCUCUUCAGCUCCUAGAUAUAGCUGUGUCUCGUGGGCAGUGGCUGAUGUUACAAAACUGCCAUCUUCUGGUGAAAUGGUUAAAAGAUUUAGAGAAGGCCUUGGAGAGAAUAAAGAAAUCCCACCCAGAUUUCCGACUUUGGCUCACUACAGAUCCUACCAAAGACUUCCCUAUUGGUAUACUACAGAAAUCGCUCAAGGUUGUUACAGAGCCUCCAAAUGGCCUAAAGCUGAACAUGAGGGCCACUUAUUUCAAGAUCUCACAUGAAUCACUUGAUGCGUGUCCACACCCUGCAUUCAAGUCCUUGGUCUAUGUGCUUGCAUUUUUCCAUGCAGUGGUACAAGAAAGGAGAAAGUUUGGAAAAAUUGGUUGGAACGUGCCUUAUGACUUCAAUGAAUCUGAUUUCCAGGUCUGUAUGGAAAUAUUGAAUACGUAUUUGACUAAAGCUUUCCAACAACAUGAUACCAAGAUUCCUUGGGGAAGCCUGAAAUAUCUGAUUGGAGAGGUUAUGUAUGGGGGACGAGCCAUUGACAGCUUUGACCGCCGGAUUCUCACCAUCUACAUGGAUGAAUAUCUGGGUGACUUUAUAUUCGAUAAAUUCCAACUCUUUCAUUUCUAUAAGAAUGAGGACGUUGACUACAGAAUACCAGAAGGCAAUACAAAAGACAGUUUUGUUGAUGAGAUAGAGUCCCUCCCACUUUCAAACACCCCUGAAGUAUUCGGACUUCAUUCAAAUGCUGAGAUUGGAUACUAUACUCAAGCUGCUAGAGAUAUGUGGUCUCAUCUCCUGGAGCUGCAGCCUCAAACAGGUGAAUCAAGCACUGGUAUAAGUCGUGAUGAGUACAUUGGUCAAGUGGCCAAGGACAUUGAAAACAAGCUACCUCCGACAUUUGAUAUAGAUCAAAUAAGAAAGAACUUUGGAUUAGAAAUCUCACCAACCACUGUGGUAUUGCUGCAAGAGUUGGAGCGCUUCAACAAACUAAUUGUACGCAUGUCCAGAUCUUUAGCUGAGCUUCAGAGAGCUUUGGCUGGGGAAGUUGGGAUGAGCAGUGAGUUGGAUGAAGUGGCUCGAGCUUUGUUCAAUGGGCACAUUCCUAACAUUUGGAGAAAACUUGCUCCUGACACUUUGAAAUCGUUAGGAAACUGGAUGAUCCACUUCAGGAGACGGUUUAAUCAAUAUACAUAUUGGGUUAAUGAGAGUGAGCCGACCGUCAUGUGGCUGUCAGGUCUUCAUAUUCCCGAGUCCUAUCUAACUGCUCUUGUGCAAGCCACCUGCAGGAAGAAUGGUUGGCCACUCGACCGCUCCACAUUGUACACUCAAGUGACCAAGUACCGGACAGCUGAAGAAGUUACAGAAAGAUCGGGUCAAGGAUGCUUUAUUUCUGGCCUCUAUCUGGAAGGAGCAGAUUGGGAUAUAGAGAAUUCAUGUCUUAUCAAAAGCAAACCUAAAGUACUUGUAGUGGAGCUGCCAGUAUUGAAAGUGAUCCCUAUUGAAGCGCAUCGUCUGAAACUACAGAACACCUUCAGAACACCAGUAUAUACCACAUCCAUGAGGAGGAAUGCGAUGGGCGUCGGCCUGGUGUUUGAAGCAGAUCUCUUUACUACUAAGCACAUUUCGCACUGGGUGCUACAGGGUGUCUGUCUCACUCUCAACUCUGACUAAACUCAUUUAUUUUUGGAUAUUUAUAUAAAUUAACUAUUUUCUGUAAAAAUAUUAAAAAGGAGAAUAUUUUGCCUCUUAAACAUCUUUAAAUCUUCAUAUAAUCUAAAGUAUUUUAUAAGCAUGUAUUUACAAGAUAAAUAAAGUGUAAUUAUUCAAAUAAAAAA